CAUAAACAUACUUAAGUUUACCCACGUGGGACUACUUGAGAGCCUGUGGGCGUGCAUAUUGCCAUUUGAGCCAGCUUGACAGAGCAAAAGGCUGCGCACGACACGCACGAUCAUUGUCGGACGGAACUCGCGAGGUUAGCUUGGCCAAGUUGCACCGACUACAAGCACAGCUCUAUCACCCUACAGCCACGCAAAAGCAGUGCGAACUAUCAAUCUUCACAGAUCACUGCGGCAACAUAACAAUGCACAAGGCCGCAGCACUCAUCGUCGCGCUCGCAGCCGUCGCAGAUGCCUUCCGGCCGCCGGCGCGCGGCACCACGGCGCCAAUGACGCGCCGUGACAUGCUCAACAACGGUGGUAAUUUCGGCCAGGUAUUUUAUAUGGGCUACGAAUAUGCCCCGCCGAAUGGCCUCGGCGCGCAGUUACCGGCUGUGUGGAAAUCAACCAGUGCGUCGGGUGCACCCGAGAAUUCUUCACUAAGUCAUUUCUCGGCGAUGACGCGGCCGUGCUGGCUCCGUCCAGCGGUGAUGAACCGGCAUUGCCACGCCAUCGAGCAGGUGUCGCGUCGAUGGCGUGGAGGUCGACGCGGCGAUUCAGCACGAACGUGCCGUAAAAUAUUGAUUUUCACACAGGUUACCGGACGGCGUCUACGAGGUCGCCCUCCCGAAGCCGUGUGGUAUUGUCUUCGAAGAACUGGACCCGAAUUUUGCAAGAGGCGUCAAGGUGCUUGACUUGGUCGAGGGCGGCAACGCCCAAAAGAGCGGCGCCGUGCAAGCAGAAGAUUUAUUAGUUGGCGUCUCGGCCGUGCGCUUCGUGGGUGCCAAGUUCGAGCGCAACAUGUACGACGCGACGAAGAUGGACUUCGACACGGUGGUGGACGCCAUCGGUUCGAACGAGGAGAAGUGGAACUGCAACGAGGUCUUCCUCCAGUUCAAGCGCGGGUAAGUAGUCAUAAAUUA